GUCGUACGCCAUGUUUUGGUGAAGAUUAUCUCAGUCGCGUGAAAUCGGGAGUCAUCACGACUGAUAGCAUGAACUAUCCAUGCCCACAAGUAUGAGUGAAGCUGCCUGGGACGACUCGCACGUAAUUAUGAACGGAGGAAGAACCAUGUCGGUCCGGCAUCACACACAAGGGGUUCGGUCGCAGGACGAUGCGAUGGUGGGCUACUUUUUCCAGCGCCCCCAAAAUGACCCUGCCCCUCAAUAUAGCAAGAGAUGGGCUGUUGGAGACGAUAGUAGAAUUGAGCAGGUUCGCGGAAUCUCCGUGGUGGACCUUGAGCGUGAUUUCCAAAACAUGUCGACGUUUGAAAGGGAUCCAGUCGCGAUUGGUCCAACUGCAAAGAAAUUAUGGGAUAUUCCAGACCAAGAAGAGGCUGCACACAAACAGAACGAGAAGGGGAUAUUCAGUGGGGCAAAUCCAUGGAUGCCUCGUGAUGACGCGUGGAGCGCCGCCAGUGAAAGUUUUGAUGACCCUAGGGCCCCACGACCUCAACAUUGGAACAAACACAAACAACAUUUCCAUGAACAUGCCAUCUCCCAACCGAUUAGCGUUGUCCAGCGUCGGCCGGGGAGCUUCCCAAGCAGUGAGGCGAACAACGUGCUUUCUCCACGCUCGUCGGAAGCUGGUGCUUUAGGUGUAAAUAUGGUAGAAUAUGUGCUAGGAGGGUCGCCGUCUGGGAAGGAGAUAGACAGGUUACGCAUGAAGCAGUAUGUCAACGUGCAUGGCCAUGGGGACGACAAAAAUGGCAAGAUGCCGAAAGACGUCAAAUCGCAGUCGCCGUUUGAAGGUGGCGAUCAACAGGUGAAGGAACAGGAGGCCAUUAAUGGCGCCAACGGAAUGAUGCAGAAUGGAGUUGAUGGUUAUGGAUUCCAAACCGGCAGCCGUCAAAACUCCCCAACGGAGGAAGAGAAGAUCCAACACAUGCAGAUGCAGGAAGCGCAGCGCUAUAACAUGUCGAUGGGCCAAGACGACCGGAUGGAGCAGCCUCAAUUGAUACAGCCUGGUCUCCAUCUCGAUGCGCCACAAUUCGAACCUGUCGGCAUCGAUACCAUCCCGUUUGACUACAACAACCAGUUGAUGCCUUCGAUGGAUUCGCCAAAUUUUGGUGGGCUGGAUUAUAAUCAACAGCACCAGCUGCUGCAGCGGCAACAACAACAACAACAACCGAUUGCUGUGUUGACUCAACAACAAUACGUCGCGGCUCAACAACAACUAGGCUUGGCCCAACAAACCAAUUCACUACCUUACGUUAUGAACUCGAACCAGCAGGAGCCGUACUCCGUGGGGAUACCUUUAGCAGGUCCGACAGCAGUGAUGCCUCCUUACUACGGUGUUCAGACCCCCUGGGGCAUCUACCCGGCAAACAUCAUUCAACAGCAGGGCCAGCAGAUGUCCCAACAACAGCUGAUGAGAGGACAGCAAGGACGACCGCUGACACCAUCGCAGUCGGAGCUCGGGACACCUGGUGGUGGUGUGCAGCAACUACAGGCUCAAGAUUUCAUCCCCGGUGCAACUGCUGGCUACCAGAUCCUAGCAGCGCCAGCGUACUAUGACCAGAAUGGUCAGCUCGUCAUGGGCAAUGCGCGGGGCAUCGGUACCCCUGUGAGACUGGUGUCGCCUGCCCCCCUGUUGGUCAGUAGUCAGGGACAGCAAGGAGCGAGUCCAAAUGGCAUUGGUAACUCGCUGCGUUUACUGGCUGGUCACGUUGCACCAAACUCACCUGUAGCAUUCUCCAGUAAUAACUCUGCUUACACUCCCAACAGUAACAUGAAUUACACGCCCGUAUCAAGCAGUCUGCUCACCCCUAACAACAACACGGGCUUCGGCCAGCAGCAGACUGGCUUUGGUAGCAGUCUCGGUACUCUAGGGGGCAGCACCAACACGCCAGGUACCAUCGGAUCCGGUGCAAGCCUGUCACAGCGGCGUGAUUCCCUCACAGAUUACAAGUUGUCCGAUUACAAAAUGGGCGAUUACAAACGCCAGGUCCCCCUGACUCAAUAUUACAACACACUAGGGGGCAGCACGCUCGGUGGUGCGGCGGGAUCGCCCGCAGGCCCAAUGGGCCUGGUCCAACCUGCUCAGUCACUAACACCACCGCCAUCCCUCAGCGGAUCAAGUUCUAACCUAAGCCUAGGGGGCAUAGGUGGCGGCACGCGUGGUUAUUCUGCUGCACCUGGAGCCGAGGCCAAGUAUCAUCGCUCCGGCCUCGCUAACAACCAGUUGUUCGGAACUUCCAUCUUCAAUACAAGAAAUUUGGCAAGAAGUGCCAGUCUAUCAAAGGAAGUGACCGUUGGCCGCAGCCGCAUGCUGGAAGAUUUCCGAAACAACCGCAUCCCGAACCUGCAGCUGAAAGAUCUCGUGAAUCAUGUGGUAGAGUUCUCCCAGGAUCAGCAUGGCUCACGCUUCAUCCAGCAGAAACUGGAGAGAGCUACCCCGGCAGAGAAAGUCAUGGUGUUCAAUGAGAUUCUCACAGCUGCAUACAGCUUAAUGACAGAUGUCUUUGGCAACUACGUCAUCCAGAAAUUCUUUGAGUUUGGUUCGCCCGACCAGAAGCAGACGCUUGCUCAACGAGUCCGCGGACAUGUCCUGCCGUUGGCGUUACAGAUGUACGGCUGUCGCGUAAUCCAGAAGGCACUGGAGUCGAUUCCCGCUGACAUGCAGGUCGAGAUCGUCAAAGAGUUGGACGGUCACGUCCUCAAGUGCGUCAAGGACCAGAACGGGAAUCACGUCGUACAAAAGUGUAUUGAAUGCGUUGACCCGAAGCAUCUUCAGUUUAUCAUCGACGCAUUCAAUGGGCAGGUAAGAGAGAAUGUGUUCACUUUGUCGACACAUCCGUACGGCUGCCGCGUUAUCCAGAGAAUCCUCGAGCACUGCACACCAGACCAGACCAUACCAAUCCUGGAUGAACUCCACGAGAAUACAGAACGCCUCGUGCAAGACCAGUAUGGAAACUACGUGAUCCAACAUGUAUUGGAGCAUGGUCGUCCGGAUGAUAAGAGUCGGAUUGUGGCCAUUCUGCGCGGGAAGGUACUGCACCUUAGCCAGCACAAGUUUGCCAGUAAUGUUGUUGAGAAGUGUGUGUCGCACUCGUCCCGAGCUGAGAAAGCCAUGCUGAUUGAUGAGGUCUGCUCCAUGAAUGAAGGUCCUCACAGUGCCUUGUACACCAUGAUGAAAGAUCAAUUUGCCAACUACGUCGUCCAGAAGAUGAUUGACGUCGCCGAGCCUGCGCAGCGAAAGAUCCUCAUGCACAAGAUACGUCCACACGUCGCCACGUUGAGGAAGUACACGUACGGGAAGCACAUCCUGGCCAAGCUGGAGAAGUUCUUCAUGAAGAAUACGGACCUUGGACCGAUCGGGAUGCCUCCUAAUGGAGCACUGCAGUGACAAGGUACGGCGACUAUUUGAUCUUGCCCGGGUCUCAGAAUGGCGUUUGCAGAGUUGGGAUGAAUUUGAAGGAGUUUUGAUCUUUGUCGGUGCCAUUUUGUGGUCAAUUUUGGCAUCGUUGACGCUUUAAUGAUAUAAGAUUUCACCGGUUUUAAGGUUAGGUAGUAAGAACUAACAGCGUAAUAUGUAAUUCAUUGAGUGGUCACCAGAUGGCAUGAGUGGUGGAGAAUUGAUUUAUUUAUUUACGGUGACGGAAAAGGUUGAGAAACACGUCGUACGAUUUCGUUGGGGGCGUUUGUGUGGGACCUCGUCAUUCGAAAAAAAUGUUGAAAAUCCAGCUUAGAAUAUUUAGCGGAUAGAGUUACUCGUCUCAAUUAAGGUUGUAGACAUGAAAAUGGUAUGAAUUUUCAAAAUGUUUUAAACUAAUUAUAGAAUUUUGACUAAGAUUACUUCCGGCUUUAGGUUUAGGUGUUGGGUAUAUUUUUCAAGUCAGAUUUUCACCCACGUAUCUUAAUUGAUGUGAACAUUAUCUCCUCUGAAGGAGUUGAUCUUUUGCUUUAGUCAUGAUAAUAAAAAUACUAUAAAGUAGUGUUGCGAGUUAAAUGUAAUUGCGGUUAAAAAGCCUUCUUAGGUUUUGUUCCCUGAUUUCCUGACCUUUGACCUUUGUCAUUAAUCCCCACUGAGCUAAUCCUAUCUCCGACCCCAAAUUGGUAGUGAAGAGAAAAAAUUAGGUCUAUAGAUCGGUUCAUGUUAAGUUGGUAAUUCAUCUGUACAUUCCACAUAUGGUUGGACACUUGUGAGGGUAUUCAGAAAAACAUAUAAAAGUUAGAAAGAUGGUGAUGAUAUCAAGUAAACUAGUCAGUCUAAGUCACUCCAUCGCAGUGCAGGUGACGACUGUUGACAAUAUGCCAUGAAAUCAUGUGACUUGAUUUACCAUCGCUGAAAGGCUACCACUCACAUUGUGAACAGUACAAUCGCCGUUUUAAAUACAAGUCGUUUUAUGAAAUAUUGGUACAACCACAUGGAGGACUCUAAUUUCACCAAGGUCAUUGCUGCCAUGGUGCCCUUCAAAAUGGCCUUUGUGCCCUUUCAAAUCUUCCUUCACACUCUCCAGUACCCGAGGCAAAAUUUUAGGCCUGCACUUGUGAAAACAUUCCGAACAUGCCUUAAAUUGAAGUAUAGGGUCAGAAACACUUGGUCAGUGAACCACAUAAUGACCAAGGCCCCCCCUUUGUGACUUGAUGGGCUCUUGUGUCAACAGGCUAAUUUCUUAAUGCCUCAAUUUAGCACUUUCUGAAUACCCUUAAUCCAAGUGUUACACACUACAUCAAUGUACAGUAAAUCUUAUCAGCUUAGGUUGGGCUAAAUUCUAGUGUAUUUUAUGUACUUCUCUGUAAAGUGUAUAUACUGUAAAAUAUGUAAAUGCGUCUCAUUUCAAACUUUUCUACAGGUUUUUUUCCAAGAGGAUUAGCACUGUUUUUAUUUUCGAAAAAGUAACAAAGAUAGCAUGCGAUUAAUCGGGACCCUGUUUGCCGUGGCAACUCCACAAUGUUGCCGGUGCACGCCACAUAUUUUGUAUAUUGUAAAUUGUGAGUGAAUUUUGUAUAACUACUAUAAAUAAUGCCUGUAGAAUGUUUGAAUAUGGACAUGUAUCCUAAGAGUCACUGGAAAGUUUUCUACCCACACUAUGUAAAGAGGUUGUAACCAGUAUUUUGUCUUCACUUGGUGCUAAGUUUGUAAUAUUUGAGAAUAUUUUGAUAAAAACCAGUCCUAUCAAAUAUACUAGUAAUUACCUUGUACAGUGAACAUAAAAACAACUUUGCCCGUGUACAGUUAUCUUGGGACGAAUGAUUUGACCGCCCCCCGUGGCGUUGUACAGUAUAAAAUAGCCGCAGAAUACAAGAUUUUGUAAUGCACGCCGUCAUCAAACGGUAGCAGUAGAAACUCAGUUGGAAGCGAUGACUUCACUUUAGACUUGCAACAUUCGAGGUUUGAAUUUUUCGUUAGAGUAUCAGAUUUUUUGGAACGUUUCAUGUAAGAUACCAAAAUGAGAACAUUUCAUAUCGACUAUAUUGAAUAUUUGAUAAUUUCUUGUAACUUAUCAAACACUUGAGAAUAUAUUUCUUGAAGAUGUCUGAUAUUAUUUUGGUGUGAGUUGGUUUUCCCCAUUUUGUUUUCUCUCUUAAUCACGCUUCUACUUUGGGACAGAAUCUUACUAUAUUUUUCCAUCUAAAUUUUUUGUAAUUUAGACAAAAGUUUUUUAGAAUCUGAAUGACCUAGAAAGUAGUUGAAAAUAACUAAGUAUAACCUUUGUGUAUUCGUGUGUGUGUUCUUGGCACUAGCUAUAGCUUGUCUUUUGAUCGUUGAUAGUCAUAACUAGCGGUAGAUAUCGUUUAUAAAGAUUCAUAUAUUCAUCAUACAAACAUAAAUUUGGGAUAUAAUUCUAGUAUUUUAUUGUAACGGCUUAUAUAAUUACUUGUUUGUAAAGUUAUUAGUAGCUGGUAUAGAUGGUAGACAUUGUUAGGCUUUCCAUUCCCACAUCCGCAUUUGAUUUUCAGGAUCUUGUUUGCUUACACUGAUAAAUGUCAUGAAAUCAGAAAACUUUUCUUCGGGAAACAUUCUGACCGGCAAACGCUCCAAGUGCAAAUGAAAUUUCUGAAAUUUUGAAUACGGGUGUGAAAAUCAAAAGUGUAUAGACCUUUGUAAACUUCAGUGUACAAAUGUACAGUUGUAAAUGUUGAGGAGUCCAUGUUUUAUAAUAGAGAGAGAUACCAUACUAUUGUACAUGUGUAAAACGACGCAAAGAGUUAUCACUCACAAUGUACAUUUGUACAACAUCAUUCAUUUAAUGGCGGCGUUUCGUCAGUGGAGUAUGACGUGGGCCUGUCGUGUCAUGCUUCAUGAGAGUAGGUUCUGUGUUGGGUUUGCCAGUAUUUUGUGUGAAUACUGAAUCAUUGCCUCUUCGGUUGUGAUUGCGACCUUCAUAGGGCAGGCGGUGGUCGAAUCAGUCCUGCACUGUCAGUGUCACUUAAACCGCCACGGAGGUAAAGUAGGACAAAUAGAAAAAAGCUUGCAGUACGCGUGAAUGCACACAGAAGUUGUAUUUGUACCAGGGUGAUUUUUUGACUCCCCUGCCUUAUAAACUCGAUGUAGGACUACUGAGGCCUUAUACUCAGAACUUUUUCUGAUCAGAUCUUUGCUGCCCUCGUUCCAUUUUGUUGACACAAAUUAUCGGCAAACCCAACUCAAAGCGUAUCAUAGAUUUUUGUACUGUUGUCGAUUUGUAUAAUCAACUAUAUGGUAAUUUUGGUCCGUUGGUUGCAUUAGAUGGAAUAUAGACAUAAUAUAGUCGACACAAGUUCUAUAUUGUAACAUUUUCGUAUAAAAGUAGAUUCGGUUUCGGUAUUUGUUGUGUUGACGGAGCAUAAAUCGACUGUUGUACGUCAUUUAGAAGCUUGCAUGAGCCGUUGCCAUGGUACCAUGUGUAACCGUGGAAACUGUCGCCAUAGUGACCAAUUUAACCAUGGCAACAGGGGCCUAUUUUGUCAUUGUAAGUUGACAUAUCGUCGGUAGACUUUAUUGUUGCGUAUAUAGUUAUGUAUGAUAUUGUUCCUAUGUAUAUUGGUUAUGUAUGUACACGCUAUGUAUAUUAUUAUUUCCCCUUUUAUUUCUCUGUAUUUAAUUCGGAUAUUUUUUAAUUGUAAAAAGCUAGAGACAUAGGGACUCGCGUUUGUAGAUUUUGGGCGACACCUGCUUAUUCCGUUUUUCAUUACACCCAACGUUUUGUACAGUGCCACAAUAGAAUUCAUUUCAUGUCAGGUCCCUGAUUCCUAUAUCUCUACUACUCACAACACAACCGACUCCUCAAUAUGUCACCAUUUGGUGUAUAGAGGCUUAAAAGAAUUUUGCUACCGAAUUAGGCGUCCGUUGGCCCGAUAUGGCGUCAUGCUAGACGCUACAUUGAUAUGCUCGGCCACCUAUUCGCACAGAAUAAGAAUGAAUUUCAGGAAAUACGGCGAUGUCAUUGUGCUGGAUGGUAAAGUUUUGGGAAUCUUGGACCCUCUUGAUUAUUUGAUAAAUUCUGGACUGUAGUUGCUCUAACAGUUGAUUAAAGGCCAUGCGAACGUGCCACCCUUUGAUCUAACAGAAGUAGUAAAUAAUUUUUCUCACAAACUUUUUCUACUUGUGAGUUCUGUAUCGUUUUGUAAUAUCCCACAUGUACGAAAUCACUGCCAUAGCCAACACGGUGCAGAAUUGGUAAUGAGUGCUGCUGGGCAUUUUGUUGGUUUGCUCCAGGGACCUUGGGUGCACUUUUGUCAUUUGAGUCCAUCUGCCCACUUCCCUGUGACGACGCCGAAAUGGCCAAGGUUCACAUACCUAAUUCUAUGCCGUGUCCAACCCGUCUCGCAAUUUCAUCUUGUGUACAAACUGUAAAUUCAAAAUCUUUCAAAUGCUGCUGUAAAUUUCUAUGUACAGGUGUGCGUCUCUUUGGGACGUUCAGAUAUGGAUAGACGACCAAUAUGAACAGUGUACAGAUUUAAACAAAAUGUGUAAAAUAGAGGAACGCAAAUAAAUUGUACGAUUUAAGACAUUGUGUAUACAUAUAGAAAUCUUGACACCAGAACACUUUCUCUUUGUACAGUCUUGUAGAGCCAACAGUUAUUUCUGCAUGUAAACCAUUUGAUAAAACUACUGAAUAGUGCGCAAGUUUUAUGUUGCCUUCAAAAGUGUUAAGGGCGAUGUUUGUUGCUUGAAUGGUGACUCUGGAAUUGGAUUGAAAAUUAACAACUGGUCAGGGUGCACUAUCGAUGAUAGAUUCAAAGCUCUGGGAAUAGUGGUGUUCCUUGCGAUGCCAUUAGUUGAGUUGCAGACAUCGCCCUGAUUUCAUUUGGAAGUAUAAUUCAGCGGACAGACAGUGGUACUGGUUCACUGGUUGGAUUUAGAAUGUUAGUCAUAUAAGAUCAUAAUAGGUGCUUAUACUUCAUGCUCCCUCAAACCUUUGAAGACUGGAGUGUCGUUUUCAGCUAUCUUCAAAAUGUCUGUACCGGUGUUAACAAAAUCAUUUUAUUGAAAAUUAUGCUUCUUACUUGGGAAAUUUAUCAGAAAUUCUCAAAUGAUGAUUUUCUGCCAAAAAUGAUCACGAUGGAUUUGAACACCCCUAAUAAUGUAAUGUCAACUGCCCUGUCUUGUUCUAUUUGUUGAUAUUGGUACAGUCCAUCUCGAGGUUAUGGGUAGUUCCCCUGAAUGGUUUGCUCUCAUCUCAUAUCAUGUCAUCCUGUACAGUGUAACCCUCCCAUUCUCAUCUUGACUGUAUAUUAUUAACUGAACGAGUGACCACAAGGGGGAGCCCUCAUUCUAGCUCCUUCAUCUUCUGUGAAUCAUCAUGUGCAGUAGAUUCUUCUGGAAAGAUAGUCGCUUUCAUGCUUUUGAAAUUUUCUUCUCGGACAAUCAAGUCUCAAUUGCAUUCAUAUCCAAGUACUUUAUGAAGUUUGUCUGGAACUUUUCAUCAGGUUCUCGGUUUUAAUGAAGUGGCAAAAUUCGAAUCAUUGUCGAGGAAUUUGCCAUUUGUCAGCUUUGAGAUUAGAGCUUGCGCCAAAUAUCAUGCCAAAAUGCUUUUUUGCGAUUCUGCAAAUUUAAGGGGAAGUCCUGUUGACAGCAGACGACCAUCACAAAUUUAUAAUCCUAGAUUUCUUGUAUAAACUCGAUAAUGUUAGCAAUUAUACCUGAUAAAUGAUUUGACACAAAAUUGUCCUUUGUGAAAGUUUGUUAUGUAAAUUUCUUACAAGUGGCCCCAAGUAACAAUUUCGUCUGAGGACUUCUCUGAAGAUAUAUAAUUCAAGGCUUCUUUGUGAGUUCUGGAGGAAGUGAACUGGUACGACUGUUCUGUCUGCUGAUUUGGAAACUUUAGCUUGUUUAACACACAUGUAUCGUAGUCUCCUGGCUUCUUUAAAUUGUGAGGAUCUCUCCUCAUUUCGUACAUAACCAAUGAACCUGGUCUUCGAAAACCGCUGUGUGCAAUUCACAAUAAGUAUGAUAUUCUGUGCUGAAAUAACGGUCGAUCCAUCCAUGAUUAUUUUCUACUUAAUUAUUUUCCCCAAUCUCAUUGGCGAUGGUAUGACAUCAUUUCAUUUUCCAUUUCUUUUUGACAAGACUUGAAAAGUUGAAUUAAUUCAGAAUUUCCUCCUUUGAAUGUAAAGUUCUUGUAGCAAAGUGUUUCCACCUUGAAUUUGACAUGAAUUUUUUUCUAAUUCUUUACGCAAACUGGCACAGUUUUUGACAAAGUCUUUUUCUCCAGAGUUAUUUGAGGAAGUGGUACUUCCCAACCUAUGAGGUCAAAGAGAUAAAUUUUCUUCUCUCCUUUUAAACACAUUUAUCUUGUAUUCUUCUUGUUUUCGUCGUCCUUUGGUGGAGGAUGUAUUGUACCUUUAAGGUUUAACCUAUCCACAGCCAGCAAGUGUACUUCUUUAGACCAACAACACCUGUCUAUAGCAUCGGCCAUCCGAGGGCUUAGCUUGCCAUGUUUGUUUGAAGGUUACUGGGAUGGUAAUGAUGAAGAAGCUGAGAGUGGCUGACCUCUUUGACACUGAUUUUGGACCUCUGUAUUUAAGUCAAGCCACUUCCUCGAAAGGGGGACACUAAUCGGUCCUGAAGGGUAUCAUUGAUGGAGAGGUUGGGCUUUAUGUGACAAUCUCAGAAUUAUGGCCUCGAGACACAUUUUUUUAGACGCUAACAAAAUUAAUUCGACAAGUUUACCUGCCAAAGUUUUCAAUGUUGAUGGGGGCUCCAAGUUAGACCAGAAGAAGCUAUCAUCGAUGUGAUUAAGUAUGUUUUUGGUCUGUUUCAGUACACUUGGGCAGUUGUAGAAAUUUUGGUAAAAUAAGGUGUGGAUUUUGCAAUGUUUCCCUGAGCUUAACCUUCAAUAAGUCUGUGUAGUUUUAAUUUGUACAUGAUGUAUAAAAAGCCUCAUUAUAUCAUAUACUGUAUAACAUUGUAAUAAUACUUUGUGUUUUUUGCUAGUAAAUAAAAGUUUUCAGUAUUGUCCGCA